GUAACAAAGGGAGGAUGGCAAAGCCUUCCUUUAUUCUAUAAUCCUGCUUGCUUUUCUGGAAAUCAGCUAUAGCCUCAGAAUUACUGACUCAAUUUUUGGAUCCUAUUCUCAUGACAAAGCAGCUGCCUCAUUUAAAACAAACCCGUUAUAAAAGGGUGCCUCAGGUCCUGGCUGGUUGUAACAGCUUCUGACAUUCCUCUAGCACUAGGGAGCUUGCCUGGAAAGGAAAAUGUCCGGAGCUGGAGCCAAGGUAAGUUUAUUUGCAGCCUGUUUGUUUUUGUGGCUAAGAGACCUUGCUAGUCUUUUCGCAGAUCUUGGCUGUCUCCUCUAGGUGUGGCUCUGUGAGAGGAUGGAGUUGAACAAGGUGACUGGUGAGAGCAUACUUAAAGAUACACCAGGGCAUAAUGUCUUACAUGUUAGUGGUGGAGGCUGCUGUGCCAGCAGCAGACCUGAUGAGCUGCAUUUGCAGAGCAGAGUCUUGUGGAAGGCUUCCUUGGGAUGGCCUGAGUCCAUGUUGGGUGCUCUCCACAUUCCCCUUCCAUGGUGGAGCAAAAGGUGUGCUGCAACAGAAGGAUGCCUGAAUGAUUAUCACAGCACUGAAACCAAUAAUGUUCCCAGAGAGAUGCCAACCAGCCUUGUGAUUUGGUGGAAUCAGAGGUGAAUUUUAACAGGAGAAGGAGAUGCAUCAGAAAGUUCAGCUUCAGCUGGAAGGGUGAGCAUCAGGUGGAGAUCCAGCUGUAUUGCUGUGUUUUUCAGUCAUGAAGUUAACGGAGCUAAGCUGUUUGGUCACACAGACCUUGUUCCAAGGUUGGCAUUAGGCAGGAAUAAAACAGCUGGGAAAGGAGGGCAAGAACUUUAGCUAGUGGCCAGUUCCUCCUGUCAAAUAUUAAACAUCAGUUAAGAGGUUGUGGUCAGAUUUACAUCUUUCCAUUGUAUGAAUUGUUGUUGUGUGACAUUCCUUCAGUAAAUUCCUCCACAGUACGGAGACUGUAAGAUCCGAGGUAGCAGAAGGCUCUGAAGCAGAGUGGUUUGUAGAUUGUACGAUGCCUAUGGAAGAUCUGGGAUCAGUCUCUGCUUCCUUACUCCUUUUGUCUAUGAUCUUGGCUCAAAGCAAUUUGGCCAUUUGUGAGCAGUCUUUAGAAACUGAGGAUGGGUGUGCUGCUUGCUUUAAUCUGAUGGUUGUCAGAAUGCAGCAGUGCAGUCUUUACGUACCUGUGUAUAAAGAAGGUGCUGGGGAACUUCAACAGAUUCAUGUCGGAGUCUCCUGUCUGCUUGAAGAGACCCAAACAUGCUGCCUUUACCCCUGCAGAAAGCUGUGUCCCCGCUGAGUGUGUUACAGGGAAUUAUGUGGUGCAACAAAAUGUCCAAGGGGACUUAAGUCAGUGAAGGAGUGUGAAUCUCUUCUCUAUGCCAUGCUCUUACCUAGCACAUCCCAGGAAGAAGAAGAGGGCAAAGGAGAUAAUUAAACACUUUCUCACAACCUGAGCAAGCAGUCUGCCCUAGAAAGGGAGUUGCUGCCUCCACCCUGCUCUACUUAGAGGGCACUGGUAAUUAUUGCUUAUGAGCUUUCUUCUAACAGAGCUGAUGUUGGGAAGAAAUAUGAUAACUGCUAUGAGGUGGCCAAAAGAGUAAGAGUUUUACAGUCCUCUAAGGAAGAUGUGUUAUGGCAAAUCUGUUAUCUGCCAGGUAAGCCCCCAAAAAGCAACUUUGGGCAGUGAGUGGUUAACAGGUUAGCACUGUAAGCAGAGAAACUUGAUGGCUUUCUUGGAGGAAGGUGAUCUGUGUUGGAGGAAGAUGUGACUGAAAUGAACUGAUGAAUCUGUAAUUGAAAUCUGUAAUUCACCUGUCAUUAUGCUGCGUGUGAGAAACAUCAGUUGGGUCUGCCUGAGUUUGAGUCGCUGGGGGAAAACUGAGGAGCACUGAGUGUGAGGGUCUGAAUGAACUGAGGUGUGUGUGCAAAGCGCUGUGGUGGAGAAUGGGUGGCCAGGAGCCUUGUCCUAAAGUCUUCCUAUAAAUGGUCGAGGAAUAAAACACCACUUGUUAGGUCACUGUGCUGUGGGAAUGGUCAUACCCUUAAUGCUCUCUUGGAUUUUUUUCUCUUUUUGGCUUUAUAAGUACAGGGAAACAGUGAAGUUCAGUAUUGGGUUAGGCUGGGUGGGGAAGAAACAUCAAAUGAGCUUUUCUGUUACAAAACUAAAGGCCAACUUAACCAACUUCAUGCAAAGUCGCUGUGAUAGGAGCUGGUUCUGCUGCAUGUCAGCCUCAAAAUCAACUCAGCUUAUGUAGAACCAGGACCAGAGGUGAGAGAGACCCAUUCCUUUCCCACUGCCAAUUACUAGAGGAGGCAUCCCUCUGCCCAGGCAGAGUGCUGCCUGCAUGGAGACCAGACCUAUGGUCUUACAGAUGUUGGGCAGAGUUCAUCAUCGACCCUGCUGGACCCUCACUGCAUGGACAGUGGUGGGACUGCGGAGCCUGGCGAGUGAGGUUGAAGAGGGGAAGAUGCUGUAGCUUCCUUGACCAGUGGCUUCAAGAAGAGGAUCACUGGUGAUGAGUGGCUGCCAAGCCUCCUGAGCAGGACUUUCAGUAUUGCCUCUGGACUUAUGCUAGCAGAUUUUUCAGGGGAUACCUCUAGGGACAAAGAUCCAGAAGCAGGAUCUGUAAAGCAACAGCAGGGCUGUGGCUGGCAGGGGCUGAGCAGCAUAGUUAGCAUGGGCACAGAAGGGUUAGACAUUUUAGUGUACACCUUUUACAGCCUUUAUUAAUUUCCUGGAAAGACAAUAGUGAUCUCCCAACUCUCCAGUGCACUGAAGAUGGGAAGAGUUUACUCAGGAGAGAGAGACAUGGGGACAGGUUACACAGUCCAUCGACUGCUUGGCUUCCUUGGCCAUAAUUUAGUAACUACUGAUCUAGACAAAGUGGGAUAGAAACGUAUUAAUAGUGUUUUGCUGCUGUUUGCAGCUUCAGCAAGGGAGUUUUGUGUUGGACUGGAACAGAACUAGGUGCUGGGAAGGGUAAGGCAUUGGUGGCAGGCUGGAGGUGUUGGGACCACACUGGUGAAUCAGCUGCCAGGGUUAGUUGGGAUGGAGUUCAUCCUGAUCAACAGUUGGGCUCCAUGAUCUUUUAACAUCUUGAGGGCUUUGUUUUCAGACAUUUCAUGUUGUGAUGUGGCUAGAAUAUGGCUACAGGCAUGUGCUGGGGGACGAGGAACCUCCCUGCCUUCCUUCCUCUGCUUGUGUUUCAGGUCACCUUCUAUGAAGACAAGAAUUUCCUAGGGCGUAGCUAUGAGUGUGACAGCGACUGCCCUGAUUUUCACACCUACCUGAGCCGCUGCAACUCCAUCCGUGUGGAUGGGGGUGCCUGGGUGGCCUAUGAGAGGCCCAACUUUUCUGGGAACAUGUAUGUUCUGACACAAGGGGAGUAUCCUCAUUACCAGCACUGGAUGGGCCUGAACGACCGCCUUGGCUCCUGCAAAGCCAUUCAGAUACCAAGUGGAGGCAGGGGCCACAUCCAGGUAUUUGAGAAGGGAGAUUUUGGUGGACAGAUGUUUGAAACCACAGAAGACUGCCCUUCAGUCAUGGAGGAGUGGCACAUGCGAGAAGUCCAUGCCUGCAGAGUGCUGGAAGGUGUCUGGGUUUUCUAUGAGCAUCCCAACUACCGGGGCAGGCAGUACCUACUGCCCAAGGGGGAGUACCGCAAACCUGUGGAGUGGGGAGCGGCCGGCCCCGCCGUCCAGUCCUUCCGCAGCAUCACCCAGUGAGAAGACCAUUGACUCAAUAAACCAA